CUCCAUUCCGUAUUUCGGGCUAUCGCCCUCUUCAAUGCAGAUCAACAUGACGAGUCAAUGCUGCUCAUCAAAGAGCUAGCUGCCGCUUGUCCUAAUGCUGAUACCCGCGCGCGUUGUGUCGUGGAAGUUCAACAUUAGGCAUAUCUACGCGUUGAGCUCGGAACCAAGGCCUCGGAUGGCGCGCGCCACGACGAAGCCGCUGACCACUUCGCCGCCGCCGCCAACUCCAACGCUUUCCCAUUGAAAUUCAUCCAUGAACUAUACGAGGAUUUGAUCAUGCCCUUCGGCUGGGAUCUCAAGUCCUUCUGGCUCACUACACACCAAAAACGCUGUCAGGCUUUCCUGUUGGCAGGUAAGGUCGAAGAAGCCCUUGAAUCACACCAACACAUGAUACACGCCCUCGACGAAACCAAGAAGGCCAGCUGCCUCGAUUGGUUCAACGACUUCAAGGAACAAUGUAGCGGGCUUGCUGCUCGUGAUGACCGUAUUCUUGGCGCGGAGAUUCCGGGGCAAGAUCAAGAUGGCUAUGAUGUAGAACCUGACUUCUUCCGGGGAAUGCAUGCAUUCUCAAAUUUCCAGACCACGACCUCAGCAGCGCCCGGGGCGCUUCAAAAAGCUCAGGCUAGCUAUGACAAGGCCACCCUACCACCUGCCGCUGCUCCCAUGACCUUCAAAGCCCACGUACGACACCUAUUCACCUGGCGACCCGAUCGCGCAGCACCACCCGUCGUCGAAGUUCCUUUUGCGUGGGGUCGACAACGUCAUGCUGCAGGUGGUGCCCCUCCCGAUGACGAUUCAGACAUUAUGAUACGUGCCGACUCAAUAUUUCGAAGAUCCUCCACAGGAUCACAAUACGCAACAGCCCAAUACACAACAGCAACGACAACCAGUAGCAAUGCAGGCAGACACUGGGGUACAUGGAGGUGGCAAGUCGUGUUUCUGCUGCUAGCGGCUUUCGUAGAUGUCCUCGGGUAUUUCAAUUCUGUCAUUGCUCUUGUUUGUUGCGAUAUCUAUGUUGACUUGAAGCAUUAUUUUAUUUUAUACCAUCAUCAUGAUACCCCUCAAGUUCUUUCCGUGUCCCUUGAUCGUCCAGUUAGAUCUGGUCUGGAAACUGGAAAGAUGAUUGAUUGGGAAAGGUGUUCGCGUUUACACCCUGGACAUGACAUUGCCGAAUGCUGGUACGACCCUUGUUGUUAUCUCCCGUAAGAGCAGGCUGAGAAGCCUUGAAGCCAGUCACGGUCAACGGUUCCUUCUAUCAACAGCGGCACGCGCAGAUCCCAGCGGAUAAGUACGCACCCAUGAUGAUUGCAUGCCUAUACUUACCAACGCAACCC